CCGUAUCAUCUGCAGGACAAACCAGCGCUACACCUUGAGCUACUACUCGCUACUGCUGCUGCAGCUCGCUUGUGGCUGUCGGUGAGGGUAGCGAGCGCAGGAACAUCCAUGGCCAAGGUGCAGGAGAUCAGGAGUUCGCAGAGGGCCGAGGGGCCUGCCACGGUGCUCGCCAUCGGCACCGCCACCCCUGCCAACGUCGUGUACCAGGCCGACUACCCGGACUACUACUUCCGCAUCACCAAGAGCGAGCACCUCACUGAGCUCAAGGAGAAGUUUAAGAGGAUGUGUGACAAGUCUAUGAUCCGCAAACGUUACAUGCACCUCAACGAGGAGAUCCUGCAAGAGAACCCUAACAUGUGCGCGUACAUGGCGCCUUCGCUGGACGCCCGGCAGGACAUCGUGGUGGUGGAGGUGCCGAAGCUCGGGAAGGAGGCGGCAGCCAAGGCCAUCAAGGAGUGGGGGCAGCCCAAGUCCAAGAUCACCCACCUGGUCUUCUGCACCACCAGCGGGGUCGACAUGCCCGGGGCCGACUACCAGCUCACCAAGCUCCUCGGCCUCCGCCCAUCCGUCAACCGGUUCAUGAUGUACCAGCAGGGCUGUUUCGCGGGCGGCACGGUGCUCCGCCUGGCCAAGGACCUGGCGGAGAACAGCCGCGGCGCCCGGGUGCUCGUGGUCUGCUCCGAGAUCACUGCUGUCACCUUCCGCGGGCCCUCGGAGUCUCACCUCGACAGCCUCGUGGGGCAGGCUCUGUUCGGCGACGGCGCCGCCGCCAUCAUCGUCGGCGCCGACCCGGACCCCGUCACGGAGCGCCCUAUCUUCCAGCUCGUCUCCGCCAGCCAGACCAUCCUCCCCGACUCCGAAGGCGCCAUCGACGGCCACCUGCUGGAGGUCGGCCUCACCUUCCACCUGCUCAAGGACGUGCCCGGCCUCAUCUCCAAGAACAUCGAGAGGAGCCUAGUGGAGGCGUUCAAGCCGCUGGGGAUCAGCGACUGGAACUCCAUGUUCUGGAUCGUGCACCCCGGCGGACCAGCGAUCCUCGACCAGGUGGAGGCCAAGCUGGGCCUUGAGAAGGAGAAGAUGAAGGCGACGCGGCAGGUGCUGAGCGAGUACGGGAACAUGUCCAGCGCAUGCGUGCUCUUCAUCCUCGACGAGAUGAGGAAGCGAUCCGCCGAGGACGGAAAGGCAACCACCGGGGAGGGGCUGGAGUGGGGGGUGCUCUUCGGGUUCGGCCCGGGGCUGACGGUGGAGACGGUAGUCUUGCACAGCAUCCCCAUUGCUGCCCGAUGAAAGGACGAGAGAGACUGCCAUGCAUCCAAGCUAGCUUUUCCCGCUGCGGUCACGGGAAUCUGUCCUUCAUGCUAUGAUGUAAUGUAUUCAUCUAUAUUCACAUAAAUAAAUGCACGCGUCUGUGCAUGUUUCGUGGCGCUUACA